GAUAAACCGGAGAUAUAAUCCAAACAAAUUACCAAAAAUAUAACUGAUAAAAAAUAUAUAUUUGGAAUCAAAAGUUUAUACAAAAAAAGAAACAGAGUAGGUUCAGUAUAAAUUUUGUUUCAUGCAAUGCUCUGUAAAAUGUUAGUCAAUAUGUUUUAUUUUAUUUUGUAUUGGAGUUGAAUUCAUUGAAACAGAUCUAUUCUAGUAUCAGUUUUGUGCCAUGGAUAUCAUUGAUCGAUAUCAUAACCGUUGCCAAAUGACUAUACUUAUCUUCAAUAUGACUCUGUCGUCAGUUGUGCAGGUUAAGUUUCCAGAUGUAUAGUUGGUUUUCACUGUAAGAGAUUCGAUAGUGCUGGAUAGGAAAUUAUAUAAUUUUCCAAAAACAUCUGAGCCACUGAGAUUGUUGUAUAGUUAUCAUAUUUAAAUGUCAACACAUGAAUGUCAUAUCGCACAAAGAGACGGUCUUAACUAUUCUGUUGUAAGAGGUACCUUAUCUAAAUCAGUGGAUGUCUCUUAUCUUUGAGGUAUGAUUACUUUCCUCCCAUCUUCUUUGACCUCUAUUUUGAUCAAGAAGACUAGCGCCUUUCAAUUAUCUCAUACAUGGUUACUUUCUAAAUUGUCCCAUGUGCUGUUUUGUUGAUUAGAGAUAUUCUUUGGUUCUCAUGUUAGAUGGGUGAAAAAUGUUUUUUUUUGUAAAAGACGGAUGAAAAAUGUUCUUGGUAUAUAUAUAAAACUUUUUUUCUUGGCAUUUAUAUUUGACCAAAACUAUUAUUAAAAAUAAGAUUUCGGUUUUGGUGUUAGACCAAACGGUAGCCUAACUCUUCUCUUAUGUAAGAAGAGUGGUUAUAGUGUGUGAAAAUUUGUUUGCAAUGUAAGAGCAAGUCCAAUAGAGAUCUUUAGUAAAAAAUUCUUAGCAAAAAAAUAUUAUAAUAAUGUAUGAGGUUCACUAAAUUUAAGAGUUUGUGUCAAAUUAAUCCUUAAUUAAGGAUUAGACUUGUUACUUGUUACUGUGCACAGAUUCUACCGCCACGUAAAAUCACGCGAUUGACUUCUUUUUUUUAGCUAAAAAAAAAAUAAAAAAAUAAAAAAAUUUAAAAAACUUACCUCGGUUAUCGAAUCAAGAGUAACACCGUUGCGGAUGGUCUAAGUUUAAAGUACCAUUUUGUUUUGGUCUCCUUUUUUCCUCGUAUAUACAUUGACAGAGGUGUCUUUGCAUAUAGUGUUACAUAAGAGAAGAGUUAUGUAACAUAAAUAAAUAUGCUAUUGAGUUGUGUUUAAUAUGAAAAUAAAAUCGAAAUAUAUAGUGUUAACAUUAACAUAAUGUUAUUACUCAUAUAAUAUAAUCUUCUUAAAAACACAUAUGAAAACAUACUAAAUGUAUCCUAAGAUAUAUUUGCUCUUCAUUUUUUCUCUUUUUUUUCAUGAACUUCACAUGUUUUGCGUGUGUAACUUUAGUCCGUAGAAUACACAUAAUGGUAUCACAAUUUAUCUUACAUACGCUUUCACAUGCUAAAUGUGGGAUGCAAAACGUAAAAUAUACAAUCACAAAGUAUACCGCGUGUGUCGUGGAUAUAUGUGUCAACAUGUUUUCUGAGUAGAAACUUCAACCUUGAAAAGAGGGACUUAUUUUGAUAGCGGGAAUACAUCUGGUGUAACUUAGAGUAUCUCUCAACAAUUGUUAUUUUCACCUCUAUAAUAUUAUUUAGAAGUGAAUUGUUCAAACCCACCUCUAUUUACUCUAUUUCUUUCUCUAUUUAUAGAUGAAGAAAUAACAUUUUUUUAUUUUUCACUUUACAUUUAAAGAUUGCUAUUUUAUAAGAAUACAUACGAGCGUAUAUCUCAUCUCUAUUAUAGAGUUUUUCUAUUUUAAUGGUACAAAUAGAAAAAUAUAGUGGAGAUGGUCUUAAGGCAUCUCUAACCGUAUUUUAGAAGAUUCGUUAUAUUUAAUUCUAAAAUAAAAUAAUUUUAUUAUAAAAUUAGAUUUGUUUCAAUAGUUUACUCUAUAACAAAAUAUUAUUUUUUACUCUAAAAUAGAGUAAAAAAUAACAUGUAUCUAUAUUUCACUUUAUAGAAUUACUAUAUUAUAAAAUAAAUUAUUGUAAAAAAUCUAACUCUAUGAUAAAAUUAUUUAUUUUAGAAAAAAAAAAAAUAGAUUACCAUUGGAGAUGGUUUUACAAAACCACAGACAUUUGUUCUUAUCUCAAACAUUUUAUAUAUCGAAUUAAAAGUUCAGACCUAAAUAUGAACUUUUAAAUAUAACUCUUCGCAGUGGUUAAAUAUAACUAAAAUCUCCCAAACUAGAAAUUAAAGACUGUGUAACCCAACUACCCAUAUCAUUUUCAUCGUCAUCAAUUCCACUCUCUGCAACGUCAUCAACGCCAAAGAUCACUGUCAUCAUCAUGACCUCAUUUUUGCCAAAUUUUUUAUUAUGGAAACACUAACUUUGUAUAUAUAGUAAUGAAUUAAAGUAAUAUUAAGGUAAACUUUAGAAACACACAGAGAAAAGUAUGUGGAGAUAUAUAUCUAGUAAUCCAGUUUAUCUUUAAUAUGGUUAAUCAGACUUUUGGCAGUAUUCUAUGAUGGAAGUGUGGUGUUCCAAUGACGUCAAAUUCCUACCAAUAUGUUUGUGUUGGUAGUUGGCUAGUUGCGUUUGGAACAUGGAAAGAGAUUGUGAUAAAUAUUGCCCUGGGUGUGUUAGAUAUGUAGUUACAUCGCCUGAAAAUUGCUUUUCCAAUAUUAAGAUAUUGUUAUUUUCGUUCAUGGAUAUGAUUAUGCAAUAGAGAACAAAUACAUUCAUCCUGAAAAAUGACAAAAGCAAGCUUGUGGCUUGUUUUUUUUUAAAAGCACUAUCUUGUUUUGUUCACAUGAUAUUGACUGAAGCUCUUUUUUUUUUGUUAUUAUCGCUCAACAUGGGUCACACAUACUGAAUGGAAGAAACCUAUAUGAUAAUGAAACGAAUUAAAUCUAUUGGUUGUAAAAAAAACUCUAUUGAUAAUGGCAUAUGGUCCUCAAUUCCGUCUCGCCAAUGUUAGCGGUGCGUUUAUCUUCAAAUCAAUCAAUUGUUGCAAACAUUUGAUUCCAGGUAAGGAAAAACUGUUACUAGUCCGUCAGGUACUCUGGUGUGCUUCUGAUUGGUUAGCCAUUUUACUGAUGUUCAGUUUUGUCAUCUUUAGAUCUUGACGGUAUAAAUCUUCUGACUCACCAACCAUAUGGAUUGUAUUUCAUAUCAUUUCCAGCCAUUUUUGCUGGCAUAAGACCCACGUCUACUGUUUUAGCAGUGCAUAACAAUAAAAGACUGUAUCAUAAACGUUUUUAUGAGGAGCAACGCUUGUAUAUAGAAGAAUGCUCAGUGGAGGUUAAUAUUUUCCAUCAAAUCUCAAAUCGUUUGAAAAUAUUAUCUUUAUCUUGUUACAAAUGAGAACCAUGUGAAAGUAGUAACCUCAUUAUAAGUGUUGUCCUACUUCCCUAGAAAAACACGUUUUCUUGCUAAGUUGGAAAAUACCAUUCAUUAGAAAUAUGAUCGUGUUGAUGUGGUACCACGCCAAACUGAUUUGCUUUAAGAGGUCGACUAUUUACAUAGUCAACUGCGCCAAGUCUUGCUAGAAGAUUAUGUCUUUAUCUUUUCAUUAAUUUUUAUUGUUGUUAUUGCUUGUUGAUGAUUCUGUCGAUAGUGGUUACAACACUAUGGCGAAAGGUUGAUCCAUUUUGAUACAAGAUAGGAGUUGACUCUGACUCUUAAUAAUAGAAGUUUAUUGUUUAGUAAAAAAGAAUGCUGUUGUAAGGAAUUGGAAGAUAUGUUUGGGUUUCAUCAACUAUUACAAAUCUACACAAUCAAACAUUCAUUGGUCUUAUGACCUAAGAAUAUUUUUUCCUAGAAAAGUCACUCAAAUCACUGUAGAAAGUUUGUCUUGUAACAUGUUUUGAACUGUUGCUCCUGUUUAUAGCAAUAAGCAUAGUACAAUCUUUAAUAUAUUUUUUCUGAUUUUUUUCUUGUAUGAUUAAUGCUUAGCUGAGAUUAUUGUUUUUUUCAUGAGUGUAGUAGGGUAGUAAAGUUAAGCGAUCAUGUAAACUUUGGCUAAGUAGGUGUUGAAACUGAAAAUAGUAAAGUAAAUGAAAAUAGUAAAGUAAAUGGUUUGACAAGUAGAGCUCCAAGUGACUAAGGGUUUGAACUUAUUGGCUUAAAUAUUCGUUGUUGAUUUUUAAUUAUUUUUUAAAGGAACCUAAUUAAGUAUCUCAGAUAGUAGUGGUGUUUAGAGACUAGGCGCGCAUCUAGGGUUUAAAGAAAACGGUAGUAUUGGCUUGGAGAGAUGAUUGUGACAAGAGGAAGAAUAUCAAGUGUUUUAAACAAGAAAUUUUAAAAGGAGAACCGAAUUUAGUUAGGUUUUACUUUGAUUCCAUAUUCUUCAUUUUUAGCCUUUCGAAAAAUGAUUAGAUUGUAGGUGGUGGUGGCCUAGGGGGAUAGAUAUUUCGAUAACCCGUAAUAAGGGAAUCUUCCUUUGUUAUGUGUCUUGUGUCCGCCUGAAACCCUGGGGUUCACUUUAUGUUUGGAUAUGAUGAUAUUAAGAUGUUAAACAUAUAUAUCUUUCAAAAAUAAGGAUGUUAAAAAUAUAUAAGUUUUAUACAUUUACCAAGUUGUUGGACAAGCAAUCAAAUCGAAAAUAUUGCAAUAUAUGACCGUAGAAGUCUCGUUCAUCUAUCUGUAUCGCAAGUUGAGUGAAUAACACAUAAUCUAGAAAAAAAACUGUAGAGGAUGAUGACUCAACUCAGCCAACUUAAGAUUAUAUAAAGAGGACCAAGCUUGCUUCUCAUUUAAACACACACACACUCCUCAAAAAUUAAUUAUAUCUUGUAGUCUAUUUUUUGUUUGUUAAAUUCAAAUAUAUGGAGCAUAAAAAGAUUGGUUCAGAAAAUCAAGAUUCGUACGAUGAUCAACAGAAAUGGGUCCUUGAUUCUUCUUUUGACAGCAAAGGACAUGUUCCUCUCCGGGCUCGAACUGGCGCUUGGAGAGCUGCAUUCUUCAUCAUUGCAAUCGAGUUCAGCGAGAGAUUGAGUUACUACGGGUUAGCUACGAACUUAGUGGUCUACCUAACAACAAUUCUCCACCAAGACCUAAAGACGGCUAUAAGAAAUGCGAACUACUGGGCUGGUGUCACUACUUUGAUGCCUCUUCUAGGAGGUUUUGUAGCAGAUGCUUAUCUUGGCCGUUACACCACUGUCUUGGUUGCAACCACCAUUUACCUUAUGGGUUUGGUCCUUUUAACAUUGUCCUGGUUCAUACCGGGAUUGAAACCUUGUCAUCAAGAAGUAUGCCUUGAACCUAGGAAAGCACACGAGAUAGCCUUCUUCAUUGCCAUAUACUUGAUCUCCAUAGGUACUGGAGGUCAUAAACCUUCCCUUGAGAGCUUUGGUGCUGACCAGUUCGACGAGGGUCAUGCUGAAGAAAGAAAGAUGAAGAUGUCUUAUUUUAACUGGUGGAGCGCUGGUCUAUGUGCCGGCAUUCUAACGGCUGUGAUUGUUAUUGUCUUUAUUGAAGACCGGGUUGGUUGGGGUGUUGCUAGCAUCAUACUCACUGCAGUUAUGACUAUAUCACUUCUCAUAUUCCUCGUAGGGAAACCAUUCUAUCGUUACCGGAAGCCUUUGGGUAGCCCUUUGACGCCAAUGUUGCAGGUCUUUGUUGCCGCCUUUGCCAAAAGAAAGCUUCCUUAUCCCUCUGAUCCUUCUCUCCUUCACGAAGUUUCCAAGGCAGAGUUAAACAAUGGACGGCUUCUCUCCCACACAACGCAUGUCAAAUUUCUUGACAAGGCAGCAAUAAUAGAAGACAACACUCCUCAAGCACUCCAGAAACAGAGUCCAUGGAGGCUGGCAACGUUAACAAAAGUAGAGGAGACAAAGCUGAUCAUCAACAUGAUCCCCAUAUGGCUCUCCGUGUUGGUCUUUGGCAUUUGUGCUGCACAAGCUUCGACUUUUUUCAUCAAACAAGCAACCGUCAUGGACAGACACGUAUCCGGCAAAAACAGCUUCACAAUCCCUCCAGCAUCCAUUUACUGUCUCACAGCUAUCACAUUGAUCAUGUACGUCACCGUCUAUGAUAAACUCCUUGUUCCUUUCCUAAGACGCAACACACAGAACCAAAGAGGCAUCAAUAUUCUCCAAAGGGUCGGGAUCGGUAUGUUUUUCGCUGUCAUCACAAUGAUCAUUGCAGCUCUAGUUGAGAAAAAACGACUUGACCUCCUUACCGAACAGAACAGACCCAUGAGUGUGUUUUGGCUUGCUCCUCAGUUCAUAGUCCUUGGCGUUGCAGAGGGGUUCACACUGGUUGGACUUCAAGAGUACUUCUACGACCAAGUCCCGGAUUCUAUGAGAAGCUUAGGUAUAGCGUUUUAACUAAGCGUGCUAGGAGCAGGUAGCUUCCUUAACAAUCUACUGAUCACGGUUGUUGAUUCACUAGCGGAGGAUUUCUCGGACAAGCGUUGGUUCGGUAAGACCUUGAACAGUAGUCGAUUGGAUUGGUUCUACUGGUUGCUAGCUGGUCUAGCCGCUGCCAAUAUGUGUGUCUUUAUGAUUGUGGCAAAGAGAUUUCCUUACAAAAGUGUGCAGUCAAGCCAAGUUUUAGCUGACUCGUCCGUGUCCGAUGCCUAAAUAAUUAAUUUUCAUAAUAGUUCAAACAUAUCUUUUCUUCUU